GCUUUAACUUUCCUCGAGGGGCGAAACCCAUCCAUCCUUAUCAGGUCCAACACCACUCACUCCCAUCAACACAUCAAUAUCAACAUCAAUAUCAAUAUCACUACAUUAAAAUACCAAAAUCAUGGCAAGCCCUUCAGAUCCAGAUCCCGAUUCAAACAACCCACACCUACCCCUACAUGAAGAGACGCCUCUCCUCGUCGAACAGAGAGCACAACAUGAACCGGAGGUGUCCGGUGAUACAGCGUCGGAUUCGGAGCCGAAGCAGCCGAGAUCGAGGAGCUGGUGGCUUUGGAGGGUGUUUUGGGGGGUUGUUGGGUGUUUGAUUCUUGCGUUGUUUGUUAAGGGGUGGGUGGAUGCUGGGGGUGAUGUUGAUGUAUGUUUGUUUCUAUCUGUGUUCGAAAUCUUGGGGAAAAUGAUUGGGAUGGAAUGAAAUGGAUGAAUGAAUGAAUGGCGAAAACUGACAAAAUUGUUUGGGUCUAUAGUUUGAUUUGAAGAAAGCUCUCAAGCGGGCACUAGGAGGUGGAUUGAGUGGUGCUGCAGCUAUGGUCUUGCAAGUUUUGCUUUUGAUGGUAUGGAUAUUCUAUUCUGUUUUGUCUUGAUGUAGAUGGGUUUAUCAUGUGAGGAAAGGACUAAUUCAUUAUAGCCACUGAGAACUAUCAUGAACUAUCAAUACAGAAGAGGAGGAACAUUCACGACUACAACCAAGACUUUAUACCAAGAAGGUGGAAUGAGACGGUACUACCAGGGAAUCGGAGCAGCCCUUUUCCAAGGUACAUACAUAUCUUAUACUCACCCAACUUCCCUAUUUCACAAAUAUAAAAAUCUAACCUCAUCCCCAGGACCACUUUCCCGCUUCGGAGACACAGCAGCCAACGCGGGAAUCCUAGCUUUACUUCGAUCAAACACCUAUCUAAAAGACCUCCCCUCGCCAAUAAAGACCAUCUUCGCGGCUGUAUGGUAAACCACCCCCCUUUCCCGCCCAAAGAAGAAAUUUCCUCCAUUCCAUACAAAGACUAACCCAUCACCACCUCAAAGCGCCGCAACCUUCCGCAUGCUCCUCACACCAAUCGACACCCUAAAAACCACCCUCCAAGUCCAAGGCGCGCCCGGAACCCGUCUCCUGCGCCAACGCAUCCGGGUGAACGGGGUAGGGAGUCUAUGGUGGGGAGCGAUAGCUACAGCAGUCGCUACAUUCGUCGGGUAUUAUCCCUGGUUCGGCACGGUUCGCUCCCAUCAAUCUCAAAAAUGAACCAUAUCACACUGAUAUAUAGUAUCUUAGUACAACUUCCUCAUAGCCUCCAUCCCCGAACCACCAAAGCAGCAGCUCUUACAGUGGCUUCUCCGUCUAGCAUUCAUCGGCUUCACCGCAUCCGUCGUUUCGGAUACGAUUUCGAAUUCCCUAAGGGUUGUGAAGACGUAUCGGCAGGUUAACGAUACGAAAGUCACCUACAGUAAUCCCCCGUUCCUCACAUUCUCUCAUUGUCGUCACUAACUUUUAGCAGUCGAAGCUGCGAGACUAGUGAUUCUUCAAGAUGGCAUCACCGGCCUCCUAGGACGGGGUCUCAAAACUAGGAUUUUGUGUAAUGGACUCCAAGGCCUCCUUUUUUCGAUCUUGUGGAAGAUAUUUUUGGAUUUGUAUGUUUGACUUGACGCCCUUGAAAAUGGGUAAUUUGGACUUAUCGUGACUAACUUGUUAUAGAUGGGAGAAGAAGACGAGUUCAUAGCUCUGG